UUUUAGAAGGCGCGUUACAUAACACUCUCUCCUGCCCCCGCAAGACGCACAAAGAGGCGGCGGGUGUCCAUUUUUUGUAGGAGUCUACCCUGUAAAACAGAACCAGUAGCAUGUGCUCAAACCCAUUUCCAUCAAUCUAUACUAUGGAAGCAGCACAAUUCUGGUAUUCCUCAAUGAUGUCGCGAAUGUGAAGUCUACUGCCUACACAGAAAGACAGAUGAGUUUGCAGAACUGCGACCCGCUAGGGCCCCGCCGUUCGAUUACUUUACUAAUCGAUCGAAAAGCCAUCUCCAGCCGAUUGCGACCCGAGGUGGUGCGCGGAGAACAUGAAAGACACUCCGGAGAAUAUUGGCGCGAAUAUUAUAAAAGAUGUUCACCGUUCCAGAAACCAGUUAGUCCGUCGCGUUUUGAUGUUGGGUCCGGUUCGCUGAAGUGCGUUGGGUUCGCGAUUCUUUUGUGUGUAGAUUUCUCAAGUGGGACUCAAGAUGGUUAAGGCCAGUAGAGUUCUACUAACGUUAGUCACCGCGUGCUAUCACUGGCCACUGAUCGCCGGCCAGUACUACAGUAUAAACCUAGGCGGUGGUGAAGAAGCUAUUGUAGCUCAACCCGUUGCUCCUCCACCAUCCGGAGGGCCCGUUCAGGAAGUGAGACCCAAAAUUACACCGCUCGACGCCAUGGUCGACAAGACCAAUCAUCUGGGUUUCCGGAUACUGUAUCUGCAUUCGAAGGGGAAUAAAAACAAUAUUGCAUUUUCGCCAUGUGCUCUAGCCAGUAUAUUGGUGGCGUUGUACGAAGGCGCCGAUGGGAAAAGUGCAUCUGAAAUACACGAGAAUCUGGUGGUACCGUACGAUAAGGAUAUCUUGCGAGUCGGCUAUCGGGACAUUCAUCGGCGGUUGAGGAGCUAUUUCUACCGUAGGGAAAAUCUUCUCAGUGGGUUGAGUUUGAGCAGUGAAAAUAUAACGAUACGACCUGAAUAUGAAUCGAUCCUCAAAUUCUACGGCUACGAUCUGGAAAACAUUCCAGAAAUGAAAAUGCAGACCACCACCCUUGCUCCAACUUCGCCAGAUUACAUGGAGACGACUACUUUCAUUACCGAUUAUGAUAUGACCUCCAGCGAAGAGGAACAGUCAACCACGGAAUCGAUCGCAACUACUUUCGAUUUGAGCAUGGGUUCUGCGGAACCAGACGGAGACGGCUCCACCACUACCGAAUCGGAACAACAAUCCGAAGAGACUGAAACUACAACCGUAACUAUAGAUGCUAACGAUGCGGAGACCACUACCGCAUCGGAAGACGAAACCACUGAAGAAGAAACUUCAGAAACUCCAGCAGAAGAUGAACAAACGGAGGAGCCUACUGAGGAACCGGCUACCGAAGGUGGCGAAAAAAGACGACGAAAUCUUCGUAAACGAGGACAAAAGCAGAGCCAAGUGCACAGACGACAAUCUCAAGCCAACUACCGAAGAAGAAUGUUGCGAGCUAGGCGAAGCCCUGAAGAGUUUGACCUGGUUAGCCAUCAACGGUUCUUGCAAAAUUUCCUUCUACAGGAUGUAACAACUGCCUCACCAUUUGCCGCAUUCCCCGCUUUCUCAGAACGGUCUAAUCAGUUCCAGCAGGAUCGGCUAUUGGACGACACUAUCGAGCAUAACUUCUACCUGAGCGAAACGGAAACGGUCAAAGUGCCUUAUAAGAUUUACAACACUAUAUUGAAGUACGCUUACAUUGAUCGACUUCAGUCCACGGUGCUUGAACUGGAACUAGAUUCCGAUGACUAUAAGCUGAUAAUCAUACUUCCCGAUUACGAAUUCGGCAUGAGCAAUCUUAUGAAACUAUUGCAAAACGGCGAGAACGUACCAAAUAUGAGAGAUAUCGUAAAACAGAUGGCACCUUCGUGGGUCAAAACGAUUGUACCAAAGUUCACGCUAAAAGGAAACAUCAUUCUUACAAGCGACCUGCAAAACAUGGGUAUCAACGACGUGUUCGAGCCAGCGCGUGCCGACUUCACACCCAUGACGGAAGACCCGUUGAUCUACGCCAAGCACAUCGAACAGUCUAUCAAUAUCAACAUCCGGACACAAUCGCUGCAGCAGCUCAAGAGAUUUACGUCACUGUAUAAAAACCCUAUCGAGCUGGCCAUCAACUACCCAUUUUUAUUCUGCAUACUUGACAAGGAGUUGGACCUGGCACUGAUCACCGGACGGAUAUUGAAUCCGUUAAACUCGCGAAUCCAUUAACACAAAAUU